CCACCUCCGGGCCUGGGGACAGGGGCCCUCACGGACGGCCGGACGGCCGGACGGACCCUCCUCCGGGGAGAACAAUGACAGCUUUGUCAGUGACUGGGGAAGUUUUAAAAGAUGAGCAGGGGUUUGAAGAAGAAGACUAUGUAGUCUAUGGAUCCUCCCCAGCCCAAGUUAUGGAAGAGACUGAAUAUAUAAAAACGAUUCGAAGUACGCUGGAGAAAAUCCGAAGUCAAAUGUUUAAAAACGACAACCAUAAAAUUAUAGUUCCCAAAUUUGGUUCCAAGCAGCGUUUUCAAAAUGUUCAAGAUGUGUCCGAGUUUGAACCGGAUGCCUCUCAGUCCAAUUUUAAUCAAAUUAUGGAGAAGAUGAGAAAGAAAGACUUGCAGCUUUUGGAGAUUAACAAAGAGAAUGAAGUUCUAAAAAUUAAGUUGGAAGCCUCAAGGGAAGCAGGUGCAUCAGCUCUGAGAAAUGUGGCCCAGAGAUUGGAUGAGACUUACCAGAGACAAUCUGAAGAAUUCAGGAAAAAACACGAGGAUGAUAAACACUUAAUUCAGGUUGGCAACCUUGAAAAAGAACAGAACUUCAAACAACAUUUGGAAAGGUUGCGUCGAGUAGCUGAAAGACUUGAAGAAAAAAGCAGUCAGAUCACAGAAUUGGAGAAACUAGUGCAGAGAAUGGAGGAGGAAAAGAAAUUACUGAUAGAAAGAAAAGAGUCUUUUGAAGCAAAGCUACCCCACCUCACAGUGAACUCUAAAAAUCCCCAAAGCUACCAGGACCUUAAAAUGGAAAUUUCCACUCUCCAGGAGCAGAUUUCCCAUUUGGACAAUGUGAUUCACUCCCAACAUCGGAACCUACGCAAUGUCAUACAGGAGAUUGAAACCCUAAAAAAUGAUGUAAAAGAACAGGAUGAGAGAAUAGAGAAUCUGAAGGAAAAGAUCAAUGUCUUGGAAACCCAGAAUAAAGAACUAAAGAAGAACAUGGAUCUUUGGUCUCAGUGCACUAAGGUGAAGGUAUCCAAGGCAGUUUCCACAGGUGACUCCCUGACUGAAAGAACCUCCCCGUACCUGAUGCUUAUUAGAUUGCGGAAAUGAAACAUCUCAAUUUGGUUCCAGAUCAUCACAGAUUUCCAUUAUGACGAUUGCUUUGAUAAACCAAUUCUUUCUUUCAGGCGCUUUGAAAUAUAGUUUAACUUCUAGGUUUAAAUUCUGAUAAUCAAAAGCACAUCUAGCAGUGGUAAUUAAAACAAAACUGUAGAGCGAGUGUCCUGUAGGAAGAAGAGAUCUGGCAGGAAAACAAGCAACAGAGGAAGGCAAAUACUUCCUCAUUCCUGUGGUCUGGCUUUUCUUGGCCUAAUGGGAAAAUCCUCCCCCUACCCAUAAUAGGUAUUUACUGUUAUUUUAGAUCUUGUUUUUUUAUAUUAAAUGAGACAUAGAGUCUUUUCUGUUUUUCUACAGAUUCCCCUAGAAUCAUUAGAGAAACAGUGUGGUUCAGUGGAAAGAACACAGG